GCGCCUGCUCGCAGCAGCGUUGCCUGGUAACGCACCUGCAGCGUGGUGUGGAGACUGGGAGCUGAGGAGCAGAAGAUGGAGGAGAGCGGCAGAGAUCUGGAUACUGGCAGCGAGGCGGGAGGAGACGAUGCCUUGGUGGGAAAUGUGAGCAAAUUGACAGUCACUCCUCCAGGAUACACGGGAGCGCCCAGGAAAGGACACCUCGUCUUUGAUGCCUGCUUCGAAAGUGGUAAUCUGGGGCGUGUUGACUACAUUAGUGAGUUCGAGUUUGAUCUCUUCAUCCGACCUGACACCUGCAAUCCUCGCUUCAGAGUGUGGUUUAACUUUACUGUCGAGCAUGUUCGGGAGACACAGAGGGUCAUCUUCAACAUCGUAAACUUCAGCAAGACCAAGAGCCUGUACAGAGAUGGCAUGGCCCCGGUGGUCAAGUCUACCAGCCGGCCAAAGUGGCAAAGACUACCAGCCAAGAAUGUGUAUUACUAUCGCUGCCCGGACCACCGGAGGAACUACGUCAUGUCUUUCGCCUUCUGUUUCGACCGCGAGAAUGACGUCUACCAGUUCGCCUACUGUUACCCUUACACCUACUCACGACUACAGCACUAUCUGAGCAGCCUCGAGCAGAGAAACCUAGACUACCUAAAGAGAGAGCAGCUGGGCCUCAGUGUGCAACAACGAAGGCUAGACCUGCUUACCAUCACCAACCCGGCCCACCUGAACCCGGAGCGAGAGAAGCGUGUGGUUUUCCUCACAGCACGUGUUCACCCUGGAGAAUCGCCUGCUUCUUUCAUCUGUCAGGGUGUUAUAGACUUCCUGGUGAGUCAGCACCCUGUGGCUCAAGUCCUGCGUGAUCAUGUGGUCUUUAAGAUCGUGCCCAUGCUCAACCCUGACGGAGUCUACCUGGGCAACUACAGGUGCUCUCUGAUGGGUUUUGACCUGAACCGCCACUGGCAGGACCCUUCCCCAUGGGCCCACCCCACUCUCCACGCUGUCAAGCAGCUCAUCGUCCAGAUGAAUCAGGACCCUAAGGUGAGUCUGGAGUUCUACAUAGACGUUCAUGCUCACUCCACCAUGAUGAACGGCUUCAUGUACGGAAACGUUUUUGAGGAAGAGGAGCGAGUGCAGAGACAAGCCGUCUUCCCUCGUCUGCUCUGCCAGAACGCACCUGACUUCUCUCUGUCCAGCACCUCGUUUAAUCGGGAUGUGGUGAAGGCGGGGACGGGCCGGCGGUUCCUGGGCGGUCUGCUGGACGACACGUCCUACUGCUACACCCUGGAGGUGUCCUUCUACGGCUACCUCACCACCGGCAGCACCAUGCCCGUCCCCUACACUGAGGACAGCUAUAUGAAGCUGGGGAGGAACGUCGCAAGAACAUUCCUGGAUUACUAUAAACUGAACAACCUGACUGAUGAGAAUAAAUUAACCACUCAUAACAGUGGGGACGCCGUACCUGCCGGUCGCCAGGGGAAUAAUGCUGGAAACGGAAAGAAUCAGAAUGGAGAAAGAAGUGAGAGAAGAUUCCAGGGAGUGAGAGAAUACUGAAUCACAAACAUCACGGACACUCUGGACUCCGAUCCUUUAAAGAGGAAGAAAUAAUAGAUCUCAACAUCGUCUUCAUCAUCAUUAUAUACAGUGGUGCUUAAAAGUUGAAUAACUAUUUAGAUUUUUCCAUAUUUAAAAACAAAUGAAUUUUCUAUCUUUCUUUAGUUUUUUUUACUUUUUUUCUCCUUUCUUGUUCUUUUUCUUUUGUGAGUGUCAUGUUUGCUUAUGUCCCUGUCCUUCCUCAAUAAAUAACCAAUAAAAAUAAAAUCUUAAAUAGUCCUCCGAAGAUGGGGGGUGGUGGUGGCCAACAAAAACAAAAAUUGACAUAAAACAUUAUCCAACAUCCUAAAACUAAAUUAAACUUAAUUUAAAAUUUAAAGAUAAUCAGCUAAAACAAAUGAGACACAAUUGUUAGACUUAUAUGGAGCAUAAAAAUCCACAUUUUGCAUAUUUGAAUGAAAUUAAACCGACUUUCUUUUAAUUAGCUUGAAAUAUUUAAUGGCAUAAUUUAAAAAAUAACAAUAAAAAUGCUUUUUGUGAUUUAAAUUUGUGAGGUGGUGAAAUUAGCUGUUAAAAAUCAUUAUUUAAAAAUUAAAAACAUUCUGCUAUGUAUCAAAAAACAUUUAAUACGUAUAUUUUCAGGUAAAAAUAAAAAAAAACAAGAUUCUGAUUUAUUUAAUUAAAAAUUUAGUAAUACAAAAUCUAAAUUCUAAAAUGAUUCUAAAAUUAUUCUAAAAUUCUAAAUAUCUAAAAUGUAUUUUUUAACUUCAACACUAAACUACAAUGGUGGGCAUGGCAGGGCUGCACUUGCUCUGUCAUGUGAACAGAUGAGACCAAAAUAGAUAUUUUUGGUUUAAAUGAGAAUUUUUUGGUUUUAAGGAAAGAUGGAAAGCACUGCAUUUCAUCUUAAAAAACCCAUCCCAUCUGUAAAACACGGUGGUGGGAGUAUCAAUAAAGGUUUGGGCCUGUUUUGCUGCAUCUCAGAUAGAAUGGCUAACAAUGAAUUCUAAGGUAUACCAGCUAAAUUCUGAAGAAAAAUAUCAUUUUUCAAGACAUCUGGCAACGAACUCAAUCUCAGAGGAACGUGGAUCUUGCGGCAGGAUAAUGACCCUAAGCACAGAAGUUCUGACUUUAAUCCAAUAGAAAUGUCAGAAAGGAGAAAGGAGCUGAAGGAGCAUUUCAUGGGAGAAAACUUAACAAAAUAACAGAGUUGAAGUUCAUUUUUACGGAGAAAUGGGUUAAAAUUCCCUACAAAACAAGUAUAGUUGUAGUUAUUGCUGCAAAAAGUUCACAUAAGUUUGCCUUUCAAAGACAUGUCAUGUUGCAUCAUUUUCUUUGAUGAAUAAGUAAAAUUAUUAUAUUAAAGUAAUGCAAAAAUAUUGAAAAUUCUCACUUUUCUCAAUUCACAAACGUUCAAGCACCACCGUAUAAUCAUCUUCUGGAUUACACAGCGAACCACUCACCUGAUAUCGAUGACGAGCCCACACAAAUACGCUGUUGCUUAAGACAUCAAUCAUUGAAAGAUAAUGGUUGCUUUGAUUUGCCUUUUUCUUGCCUUUUUGAAAAACCAACAGCAGUGUGCUUUGUCUUGCUUUUGCCGUUGCCUCUUAUCUUCAUAGAAGAUGUAUUUAAUUCAAUUGCACUUAUUACUGUAAAGUGAUUGCAUGUAUUAUCUCCAGAGUGCUGUGUUUGAGUUUAUCUUUAUUCUCUGGUACUUGUCUCGCUUGUCUGAAUGCAUUAAGAUUGUUUUUAUAAGACGGAUUUGAUUAUCAUGAUGGUUUAUUGUAUUUAAGAAUUGUAUUGGCUUUAGCCCAGGCUUUUUUAUUUGCAGUGUAUUACUAAGUGCAUUUGUUCAAAGAUAGCUCUGAAAUUUCUGUUACAAAAGCUGCCUUUUCAUUUUUUUUGGCAACAAAAUUCAUUUUAAUCUCAGGUUAGGGACCAUCAGCCCAUUGUCAACUGUGUACUGUGUGUACUGUCUUACAGCAAUUUAUCACAUUAAAUAUUUAAAUAUUUCCACAAUGUACAGAUUAUAUGAGUAGUACUAUGCAUAAUAAACCAUUCACAAAUCUAAGCAAUGUAAAGGCAUACCAAAUUAUAAUGAUGAAGCAACUAAUUGAAGAAUGCUUUCUGAGCUAACUCAACACAAAACUCAAUCAAUUAAUCAUUAAUCAUUCUCAUUUAGUUUUCCAGGUCAGUUGGGCGUUAUCGACAUUGGAUUCCAGGACUGCUAACACGGCACUGGGAACUUUGGAUGAGCCUGGAUUAUUACUAACUUAGAGUUAGCAAUGUUGGAUGAUCUUGGCAUUGCUAACGUGGCAUUAGUGACGUUAGAUGAGCCCGGUUUCUUGCACUGCUAACACAGACUUAGUGAUGUUGGAUGAUCCUGGUCUCCAGCAUUACUUAUGUAAUGUUAUCAACAUUGGAUGAGCUUGCCCCCCGGCAUUGCUAGUGCAACCUUAUCAAUGUUAGAUGAGCCCAGUCACCAGCAUUGCUUAUGUGGAGUCAGUAACAUUGGAUGAGCCUGGUCUCCAGUAUUGCUAGUGCAACCUUAUCAAUGUUAGAUGAGCCCAGUCACCAGCAUUGCUUAUGUGGCGUCAGUAACGUUGGAUGAGCCUGGUCUCCAGUAUUGCUAGGGCAACGAUUUCGACAUUGGAUGAUCCCAGACGCUGGCAUUGCUAGCGUGCCAUAAGUGACAUUGGAUGAGCCCGAUCUUCAGCAUUGCUAGUACAGCAUUAUCAACGUUGGAUGAGCCCAGUCACCAGCAUUGUCAGCGUUGCAUAAUUAACAUUGGAUGAGUCUGGUAUCCGGCAUUGCUAGUGCAACAUUAUCGACAUUGGAUGAGCCCAGUUGCUGGCAUUGCUAAUGCAGCGUUAUCAAUGUUGGAUGAGCCUGGUUUCCAGCUUCGCUAGUGCAGCGUUAUUGACAUUGGAGGAGUUUAGCCACCAGCAUUGCUAGCAUGGCAUAAGUGACGUUGGAUUAGCCCAAUCUUAGGCAUUGCAAGUGAAAUAUUAUCGAUGUUGGAUGAGCCUAGUCGCUGGCAUCGCUACUGCAACGUUAUCGACAUUGGAUGAGCCUGGUCUCUGGCAUUGCUAGUAUAGUGUUUUUGGCAUUGGAUGAGCCUACAUAAUUAAUGUUGGAUGAGCAUGGUGUCCAGCAUUGCUAGUGCAAUGUUAUCGACAUUGGAUGAGCCUGGUUUCCAGCUUCGUUAGUGCAGCGGUAUCGUCGUUGGAUGAGCCCAGUUGCCAGCAUUGCUAAGGCAACGUUAACAAUGUUGGAUAAGCCAACUCUCCGGCACUGUUAGUGUAGCGUUAUUGUCAUUGGAUGAGCCUGGUCACCGGCAUUGCUAGUAUAGCGUUACCAAAGUCGAUAGAACCCAGUCGCCAGCAUUGCUAGUGUGGCUUUAACAUUGGAUGAGCCUAGUCAUUGCUGGUGCAAUGUUAUUGACAUUGAAUGAGCCUGCUCUCUGGCAUUGCUAGUGCAAAGUUAUCAAAUUUGGAUGAGCCCAGUUGCUGGCAUUGCUAAUGCGGCAUCAGUAACGUUGGAUGAGCCUACUCACCAGCAUUGCUGGCGCAAUGUUAUCGACAUUAAUUGAGCCCUUACUCUGUUCUGUUCGCUUAAUAGUCCUGAUUAAGCGACUCUGCAAAUGGAAACCGGGUAACUGGACUAACCUGGCUAACCUACCAGCACGAAAUUUGUACAGCAGGGCCUUACUAAUCAUUUUCCAAAGUCCUACAGUGCAAAAGUGUGCACUGUGUUCCAGCAUAUUACCAUACCACACAUUAAAUACACACCAGCCUUCCAGACUCUCUUAAAUACAGUGCGCCUGCUGCCUCAUCUGGUCUCUCCACCCCUCCUUCUCUCCUCCGACACCGGCUUAAGCAGGAUGGCUCAGACUAUCAGUCAAGAGUGGCGUGAAGAGCAGCGUAUAUUUUUCAGGCCAGUCAUUCGGAAUAAGUGAGGCAAUCAGUCAGAACCAGCAUAAACAAAUGACUCGCAUUUUACAUGGUAGACGAAAAGAUGGAGAGAGCUAAUGCGAAUGAGAAAACACAUCCAUCUACGGAUUCUUACACACACACACACACACACACACCAACACAUCAACACACAAAGCUGCUUUGCACCUCACCUCCCCACUGGGCUGUCAUUUUUUACCUGUAUCUCGACCCAUUACUCCCUUUUGCUUGCCUCAGUAAACCAGGCGCAUCGCGGCUUAAUUGUCCUGAUGCAGCUGUAAAUUCUUAAUACCACCACCAACCACCCAGCACCAAUCCCCCCUGCACCUGUCUGCUACCUUCAAGUAAGUUCAAAAUAGAAAAUUAAUAUUACAUAAAAGAUAUAUCACACACAUGCUUGUGAGAGGGAGGGUGUUAUUUUUGGGGUUGUGUUUGUUGUUUAUGUCAUUUUUUUGGGCAGUUACACAGGCGGCACGUUAUUCACCCUCCUGAUGUUGGGGUAGAGGGUGGAUAAGUGCCCCCAUUUUUAAUUCAAACAUUGUAAUCACUGCCAUUGUGGUGUCUUCUCUAUACACCUUUUUACUGAGCUUCAGCACAGCUAAAAGAAGCACAGCUCCACAACAUAUAUGGACACUAUAUUUGAAGUGUACAGUUUCUUUAAAGGGUACCUACCCAGAGGCUUUGUAUUACAUGUGCAUUAAAUAAUGUAUUUAUACAUGUAUGUGUUUAUCAGUUUCAAUAUGCUUUAAAUUAGUUUUAAACUCUAAACAGAAUUGUAUUAAUUGUAUUAAU